GAGAUAUUUAAAGCCAGUGAAAUGUGAUCUAAGUUUAUGUAGCAUAAAUGCAGUUUUUGGAGAGUAAACUAGGGAGCAAAAUAAUGCAGUCUACAGUAUAGGAUAUUGGUUCAUUUCAAAGGAAAGCUACAUCAAGACUUCGGGCCUAGAAAAAUAUCUGUGUCAUACAUCAACCUGAGACAGUUGCAGUUUAAUGGCAGAUAUCUCCUAUACAUGGGGUGUUUGAAUCUCUUUUGACUGAGGAAAGCUGCAUAAAGACUUUGAGACUAGAAGAGUUGGCUUUUGUCAUCCAUUGACCUGAGACUGCUAGAUGAUAACUCCUUUACAUCUGUGCUGUUGUAUCUUUCUUGAUUUUGUGAAUGGGAAAAAGAGCGUUGCAAAGUCUGGCUCCUGAGUUUCGAGAAUUCAAGGAGGCUCAGAAGAACCAGCUCAGAGCAGAUUGACACAACUACUGUUACGGGACAUUUUCGAACUGUCAAACAAAUCUACGAUGAUUGUCCUGUGUCCAUAGUCAUUGAUGGAUGUUUGAAGUUUCAUUGGUGAUCUGUGGAUUAAUGGUUUUAACUUUUGUAAGAAGUUGCUAGGCAGUGGUGUUGCUAUGGUGACAUUGUGACCAGGGGAGAUAAGCCAUGGAGGAGAUGAAAACACUUGUGUUCAAGUCUGCUGAGACGAGCAGUUCAUGUAGUGGUGGAGGUUGUGGCGGAAUGGAAUCUCGGCUAGAGAAGUUCCAAAUCAUCUUUAACAACCCGACAGCAACCUACCAUGUCAGCGACACCGUGUACGGAUAUGGAUGGGUCAUUCUUAAGGAACCCAUCUUUGUACAAAGUGUAUGUCUGGAGGCCAUUGGGGAGGCAAAGGUUGAAUGGAUGACAUCGAGUGAUAUCCAGGCCUCAGAUGAAGAAGUGUUCAACUACACCACUGUCCUUCCCAUCAAAGGAGACAAGGACUGCAGUGACGAUCUGCUACAUGCUGGGUCUCAUUACUUCCCGUUCGAGUUUACUCUCCCUGCCAAACUACCCUCGUCUUUCAAAGGGAAGCACGGACGCCUGCGCUACUAUGUUCGUAUGACGAUAACCACCCCUGGUGGGCCUCAUCAUGAGAGGACGAGCAAGUUCGCUGUCAUAUCUAACCUUGACCUCAACAAAGAACCGGAUGCUUCGCUGCCAGUGGAAAAUGACACGUUCGAAGCUAUAGGUUCUUGGUGCUGCGUAGCAGGCACGGUAACGGCUACGUUACGACUGGACAAGAAAGGGUUUGCAAUCAAAGAAGCAAUACCGGUGUGGGCAGAAAUUAAGAACCUCUCAACCCGAAGAAUAUGUUCAACACAAGUUUCACUUAUACAGAAUGUUACAUACUACUCAUUUCGAGGCCGAUUUUCGGAAUCGUCGACGCUGGUGACGAUACACAAGGGGAGUGUGGCCCCAAGGGGAAAACAGACCUGGCAAAGGGAACUACUGAGUAUACCUACAGUGGCGCCCUCCCAUCUUCGUGGCUGCAAGAUAAUAGAUAUACAGUACUACCUUGAGUUGAGUAUAAAGCCGGCAGGUAUAGCGCGGAAAGUAAAACUCCCAUUAGACAUUGUGAUAGGAACAGUUCCUGUGUCAACAGUAUCGUCACCCCGCACUUCCUACCAUCCACUACCCUCCACCGUCUCCGAUAAUACCUGCCCGUACCCAUUCUUCGAGGCAGUCUGUGACAAGGUGUGUUUAACAGAGAAGGUAUGCCUCAAACACAACAUGAUCCCCACAGCCCCACCAUGGGAAGAGGAUGACGACAUACCUUGACACCAGUGCAAAGUCACAACAUAUUCAUAGAACAGAGUCAUACCCAGGAUGUUCAAGAGUGGCCAGUGAUUUUUCGACUCCAGUGUUCUAAAUAUGAAGGUUGUCAUGGUUUUCUGCUGGACAGGUCACAUGACAACACCCUGUACUCUUAUUGGUUGGUCUUGCAUCACAUGACCACAUGUUGUGCUCUAAUUGGUUGAAUUUGAGUCACAUGGACCUUAAGUUGCUCUGAAUGGUUGGUUUUGAGUCACAUGACAGCAGUGUGUAUUUUCACUGGUUGGUUUGGAGUUGCAUGACUUUACAGUGUGCUCCAAGUAGAUAGUUGUACUGUCACAUGAAGGGACACUUAGUUGAGAACUUUUGUGAUAAAAGUUUUUGGUAGAUAAUGAAUAACAAGUGAUAGUGACACAAUAUUUCAAAUGGCUUGUUUGAAUAUUAAAGACACAAAGAAUAAAGGGGUUUUGAGUGAGACUGACGGUAACAAGAUCUCUUUGUAAAACUACAUGAACUUUCAUUUUAGACCUGUUGAACUUUGCAUACAUGUAAUACUUUAUGUAUUUUGUGUUGUCAUUAUGAGUUUGAUGUAUUGGUACAUAUAUACAUUUAAUAUAAUGUACUGUUUGCUUUCUCUUAUAUAAAAAUGUUUAAAAAAAUACAUUGUAUAAUUCAUCACCAUAGUGCAAGAACAUAAUAACUUCAUAAAGAAAUAAAAGCAGUUAAUGAGUUCUUGAAUUAAGGUGACAAUUAUUAUGUUCAUGCCUAAAUUAGUUUUAUCAUACCUGCAGUAGUUUUAUCAUGCAUAUAGUAGAUUUAACAUGUAAACAGCUGUUCUAUCAUGCAAACAGUGGUUUUAUCAUUCAUGCAGUCAUACUAUCAUGCAUACAGUUGUUCUAUCAUGCGUACUGUAGUUUUAUCAUUUUUACAGUAGUUCUUUCAUGUAAACAGCUGUUCUAUCAUGCAAACAGUCGUUCCAUCAUGCAUACAGUCAUUUUAUCAUGCAUACAGUAGUUAUAUCAUGUAAACAGUAGUUUUAUCAUGCAAACAGUAGUAAUAUCAUGCAUACUGUAGUUAUAUCAUGCAUACAAUAGUUCUAUGAUUUUAAGUAGGAUUAGAAUAGUUAAUUUGUUAAAUUGUUGUUGAAAAUGAAGUCAAAUGUCAGGGAUGUGAUUUGUCCGCGGAUUCGCGGAAUUCCGCGGAUCUAAUGGCCCCAGAGACCCCUCCCCCCACAAAAAAAAAAUAAAAAAAAUAAAAAAUCUUUUUUUUUACCUGAAAAAAGCCAUUUUUUCUUCUACAGCAGUGCGCUUUUGACCCAAAGAGCACCCCAUAAACACAUGAGUGAAAAUGUUUCAGCCCUCCAGCUGCCAGGUCAAUCACAUCCCUUAAUCUAUUAUUGUUAGUUUCUUUACUGAAUGGCUAUUUUAAAUACAAGUGUGUUACCUUCAAAGACAAAUGCAUAAUUUUUUCAUCAUAUUGUUUGCAAUUGGAAUAAAAUACUAAAGGGAGAAGCAACAUCUUCAAUAACCAAAAUAUGGUGUUGUCAAUUUCUAUCAAAUGCGUGAUCGUUAGUCCGUUUUUGAUUUGCAGUGGAGAGAUAUUUCAAUAUAUUAAACUACCUUUAUUUAAACACUUUUUGGACAAUUCCAUAUUUUGGUUGACUGCUGACUUUAUUUUAACGGUUUCUUAUCCCAUAAGUAUUUUAGUCCGCGCUCGGUAGAACAACGGUAGGGGCCUGUUUAAAAAAAAACUAUUUUUGAUUGAAACAAAUUAAACAAGAAUUAAAGAUUAAAAUAUAGCAGAGCAAACAGAAAAGAAUCUGUGAUGUUACUUCAAACUAAAGAUUUUGGAAGUUGGUACUAAAAUUUGUUAUUGAUACAGGGUUUUGGAGGCUGGAAUCUCAGACCAAAAAUGACAUGUUUUAAAAAAGCAAGAUUGACUUUCAAAUAUAUACAAAUUAGGUACCAUCUAUGGUUUGGUAUUUUGUUAGGUUGAUAUGUAUUCAAGAAAGAUUUCAAAUUUGGAAAGUAUUUUGAAAUGGUCUUUGCCCCUCUUUAAUCAAUUGAUAUCUAGUUUUUUUGCAUGACACAAAUCUCCUGUUCCUACAAAAAGAUUGAAUUCCAUACCAGGCAUGUAAUAAUAUUAUUUUACUAUUAAAAAUUGUAAAUAGUAAUACUUUUCUUUUUUUUAUAUUUUUUUUUUAUAACCUUAAUAACACAUUUUAAUGGCCCUUAAAAUAAUUUCAUCCUAUUUUAAUGCAAUCUUCAUUUAUAUUUUACAUAACAAUACACUUGAUCAAUCGGGUAAUACUACCUCAUUUUGUUGUGAAUUUUGUUGUUUCUUUUUACAUUUUUACACUGAUAUUAUUUUGUUUAUUUACAAAUAAUCAUUUUGAUAAUCAAUAAUCAUGAAUCGGAUAUUGCAUUAUACGAUGUUUAAUGACAAUAAUGUAGCAAUGGAUAGUGUGUUUUAUUUUUUUAAUUUAAUGUUACCAUUGGCACUAUUUUCUAGUGUAUGGUUUGAAGCAUUUGAUAGAAAAUGGUGUUUUUGCAAUUGAUAGUACCUGUGAAUAAAGCCACCACAUACAAGUUAUGACAAACAUUUUGCAUGGUUUCCAUUAGUCAUCUAUAAGAAGUAGUCCUUGUUAUAAUAAUCUGACAACCUCAGACAAAUCUUUUUUAGUCACAUUUGUGUAUUCAGAUAUUGAAAUAUUACACCCUGCAUCAGUAACUUUCUCUGCUAGUUUUGUGUUGGAAACUAUUAAGGUUUUGUUAUUGCACUAUGGUCAUUGUGAAGUUUGUAGGGCAUUAGAUUGUGUUGUUUUUUCCCAUAUAUUAUGCACCAGUCAAUUGUAACCACGGUUCCCUCAGGUCCAGGGAAUAGGGGGGACUUUGACUUUCGGUCCAGCCAAGUCCGGGUAUAAUCUUUGUCCUGCGGGGACGACUGCUGGUAAAAUUCUCCGCCAAAUGUCCCCGCACCUCAGAGACCCAAAGUAAUGCCUAAUACCUGUUAUUUUUGGCGCAAAGACAAAACCACCGCGUUCACCAGGAACUGCGUGGCCACCUGGAAGGUAAACACAUGUCCCAUUUGCAAAGCUAUCCCAGGUAUACCCCUGGACCUGGGGGACUGUGGUUACAAUUAACAAGUACAUUAUCUUGUUAUGGUUGGUUGUGAAGCUCUGUUGAAAAUCUGUAUGUAAGGGAAACAACUUGGUUGUUGGCUACAUUGGAUUUUCAAUGGGUUACUUUUCUUUUAGCAUUUGUCGGACAAUUGUGGUUAAAUAUUUUUUAAAAACUAUUGACAACACAUUUCAGCUUAUGCCGAUUAUCUGUUGGAGGUCUGAGUGUAGAGAAAGUUUGACAUUGUUAAAAUUAAACAUAUACUGUAGGUAUAUCGUUAGUGAACUAGUUAAUUAAAACAAUGUACAUGUCUUUGUCUAGGGGCUGAUUGUUCAGAACCAUGUUAAAAGUUAAGAACAUUAUCAACAUCGUUGUUAACUUUCAAAUCUUCAUUGUUCUGAAAGUUACUUGAUAUGAAGUCUUCAGACAAGGUUCAAGACAUUAUUUCAGCUGUAUGUGUUUAAUUUAAAUAUAUGGUAUGUCACAAAAUAGUUACCUUUAAAAAUUAACAACAAUGCUGAAAAAAACAUUGUUAACUUUAAUAAAGUUCUGAACAAUUGACCCUUUUGUCUUCUUUAUAAGUAACUGUACUGUAUACAUGUUAUGAUUAUUGUUUUACAAAGCAAUGUAUUGCAUUUAUUAUGUAUUACAUAUAUGUGAAAAUAAAAUAUAUAAAGCU